UUAUUUUAAAAAACAGUACAAUACGUUUUCUAUUUUGGACGUAAAAAUUUGAAAAAUGUGGACGUUAUUAGUGACCAUCUGUAUUAUUUACAAUUACUGUAAAUUCGCUUUCCCGAACUUGAAGUCAUAUAUUGUUGACCGUCUGUCUAACCUUACCUCCUCCGGUAAUGUUUUUAGCAUGUUUAGUAUCGAUCGUGAGUUGUGGGUUACACUUUUAACAUUUGCCAUGUUUUUAAUAUGUAUUAAGUUAUGCGAGACGUUCUUACAAGAUAUCCUGCAAAUGCAACCAGAACUUCUACAUAUACACAAUUUCCCUAUGCCAAUAAUGCCAUUGUUGGAACAGUUCCCCGUACAACAUCAACAUUUUCAACAGAUUGCAAAUGACGAAUUAGGAGGAGGUGAUGCGCAAAUUUUAAUACAGGAUAGUGAAUCAGAAAGUGGUAACGACGAUGACGUUGACGAAUAUUUUUUGGAAUACUGAAUGGAAAAAGGGAAAAUGUUUAUAAAUUACCAAUUUUAACAAAAAGUGUCAUUGCAGAUGAAAGAGUUUUCAUCUCUCCAAAUUUUAAAUCAAAUCUUAACAUCAUUUGACAACUAAGCAUAAGUACUCAUAAAUGCGAUAUGUUUAACGUAUUUUUUAAAAUUCAAAAAGUUUUGCUGUAAAUUGGUCAAUGACAGCAUAAGUCCAUUCAAAUAUUUUAAGGUUUGCGAAAUUCCACAAAAUUUUCAUUAGAAAUAUAAUGCCAAUAUAGAAAACAA